GCUACGUACACACACAAGGGAAAAAAAAAGAUGGACAAGAUGAUGCGCACGGUGAUCGCCGCCGUCGUGGUCGGCCUCCUCGCCGCGGCCCACACGGCCACCACCGCACCGGAACAAUCCUACGGCGGCGCAACGGCGACCGUGGCGCCGAAGCAGCCGGCGGCGGGGGAAGACGUCAACAAGGCCUUGGCGGCGGAGACGGCGGCUGCCGAGGCGGAGGACGCCGCCGAGGAGGAGGACGCCGCGGCCGCUCUGGUCACCGGCUUCACCGCCGGCGCGGCGAACUCCGCGCCGGGGGUGACUGCCGUCAUGAAGCCGGUGCUGGAGAAGGCGGACGCCGGGCAAUUCUACCAGGACGUGCCAUGGAUUCCGGAUCCCAACGACGAGGGGAAUCCUCCCAAGUCUCUGCCGGCGGCGCAGGUCCUGCCGGCCAAGGGCGGCGCUGGCGCGGCAGGAUCAUCGCCGCCGUCGAAGGAGGUGCAGGUGGAUUACUACGCGACGACCCAGCCGAAGAAGCCGGAGGAGCCGCCGACGGUCGCGGCGGUCCAAAAGGACAAUUGCGUCCCGCCGGCGGCGCCCAAGCCAGCUGUUCCGGCGACGCCGUCGACGUCUCCUCCUUCGAAUAAGGAGUAUGCUCCGGCGGCGCCAGGCGUGGUGCCGGUGAACCAGCCUUCUUCCCCGGCGGCGCCAGCAGGCGUGGUGCCGGCGCCGGUGCAGCCUUCUUCCCCGGCGGCGCCAGCAGGCGUGGUGCCGGCGCCGGUGCAGCCUUCUUCCCCGGCGACGGCGGUGCCAAAGCCUCCUUCCAAUGACCCGUACGCCCCGGCGACCAGCAACACUCCGGCGGCGGAGGAGCAGAAGGACGGGCUGAACGAGAAGGCGAUCAGCGACAUCGUGAGGGAGCACAACAUGUUCCGCACGAGGGAGCACGUGCCACCCAUAGUGUGGAACGCGACGCUGGCGAAGUACGCGCAGGAGUACGCGGAUUUGAGGAGAGGGGAUUGCCAGCUGGAGCACUCUCAUGGCCCCUACGGGGAGAACAUGAUGUUCGGGACGGGGAAGCAGUGGACGUGGAAGAAGACGGUGGACGAGUGGAGCGACGAGAAGAAGAGCUACGACUACAAAUCCAACAGCUGCAAGGCCGGCGCCAUGUGCACCCACUACACCGCCAUCGUCUGGAAGAACACCACCGCCGUCGGCUGCGGCCGCGUCGUCUGCACCUCCGGCGACACCAUCAUGGUCUGCAGCUACUGGCCGCCCGGCAACUACGUCGGCGUCAAGCCCUACUAAUUCAUUCUUCAUCAUAUCGAUCGAUCCACCACCCCUGCUGCUGCCCUCCAUCUCUCACCCAUCAUCGAUCGAUCGUCAUCCAUGCAUCCACCAUCGUCGUCGUCUCAUCUUAUUAAUAAUAUAUAUAUGCAUCAGAUUCUUAAUUAUUAUAACUAAUUAAUUAAUGUUAUCUUAACUUGUUAGUGAUAUGCCCUAGAGGCUAUCAUAGAGAUGAUUAUAUCACACACUAUGUUUACAUAUUUAUCCGACUUUGUUCCUUGAAAUAGAUAAACUUAUUAUUGGUUAA